GCAACAAGCAAAAGCAGGCUAAAUCGCAUCAAGAAGAUCUUACUGAUAGCCAUCACAUUCAUCAUAAUGGCAAGUCAUCGAGAAGUUCGUUUCCCUUCUACACCAUACGUCGAACCUUCCCCGCUAUCGGGAGAAGCGGGAAAUGUUGAAGAAUUAGGUGUAACCUCAGCACCAUUAAAGAGUGCAAGUUUCUUCUUAGGUGAACAUUGUCAAAAGUAUAAUGAAGAUUUCAUGCUUUGCAAAAAUGAAGAUCGUAAUCCUGCACAUUGUCUAAAAGAAGGAAGGAGGGUAACCAGAUGUGCACAAGAUUUGAUCAAAAAGUUAGGCGAAUCAUGCGGAAAAGAAUGGGAAAAUCAUUGGCAAUGUCUAGAAAUGAACAAUCAAGAAUUCUAUCCUUGUCGUAAACCAGAGAGAACACUAAACCAGUGCGUAUUCGACAAGCUGAAAUUGGCAAAAAAGAUUCCAGGUUCUCCUGAAGGAGCACCACAAGUGCAUGAGAAGAAGAAGCCGGUCUUCCGUGGACCGCAAACAUAGAGGGAGAAAGGAAUGAAGAAGCAUAUAAUAUCGGCUUGUUAUUACUCAUCGAUAUCAAUGAUAUUUGAAAAGCGACAAAGAAGCGAUUGCGAUUAAGCGGACGCUGAAUUCCGUGCUAGGUAAGGUACACGAGUGAGAAAGUAUAUGAGAGAGCGACAUGAUCAAUCACAAUUUUUCAGAAAAGGAGUCAAAAUCGAUGUCUAGAUGUCUAAUUGAAUCGAUCGAACAAUAGGGGCAAGACUGAAGCGUUUCUCCUUUAUUCAAAACUGAGAUGAAGCGUUUCUCCUUAAUUC